AUGCUCCUUAUAUCUGAAUCCUGUUCUCCGAUUGUUGCUUGCACUCAAUCAAGACGGUUGGCGGUGCAGAAAGAAUGGGAGUCAAACUUGGAGAGGAAGUUGGGUUAUACUAUUCGAUUUGAAGAUGUCGCAAAUUCAGUUCUCCUUGCACAGACGACUGAGAAACACGACCUUCUUCAGAUGAGGCGUGUAGUUGCAUAUAUUUACAAGAAUGCUGAUUUUGCUCUUGAGUUGGCCUGGUUGAACAAUAUGAUCCACAUUGCUCUCCCAUAUCUGCUUCAGGGAAAAGACUUUAGCAUCAAGCCAUUUCAACAAAAAAAAAGCUGUCAUUUCCAUUCCAUAUUUUUACUAUUUUCUCCUCAUAAUGUGGCACCGGUUGCUGUAUUCACAAAAUGUUUAAAAGUGACUGAAUCACAAACGAGUUAUGAAUUUCUAUUCCGAAACACGAAUCGGCUCCCCAGCUCCCCACUAACAAUAUCCAAAUAA